AGGAAAUUGAGAGGAAGUGCACACAAUUUGUUUUAUAGGACUGGCGCUUGCACCGCGUCUGGAGCUCGGACCAGUGGAAAAGUUAAACCAACGGGUGCUGCAGAGCGAGGGAGAGAGAGAGCUGCCUGUGUCGCAGAGAGACUUCACUACAGACAGGACAGGAAGAGACAGAGAGUGAGAGGGAGCAGUGCUCCACUGGACUUAUACACAGACAUGUCUGCUACUAGAGCUCUGCCCUGCCUCUGCCUUCUACUCUCCAUCGUCCUCUCAGGGAUCGUCUGCCCAGCGACUUCCAUUGGUUUACAUUGGGAACAGCAGUCGGUGAUGAAAGUAAGACCAGACAUUUUGUUUUUCCUCUGCUUGGCUGGUACAGGAUGCACAGCAGGCUUCCAGUUCCUUAUCACAGCUAAAUACAGAGGACCUGUUGUUGUUGCAAACUUUUCCACAUCACCUUUUCCACAUGACUGAAUCAGACGGUCACAUUGGAUAUUAUGUCCAUGAACUGUGCUGAAUGCUUCUUUAGCUAAACUCUAAUGGGUUUUGAUAGUCACUGCAAGAGAGAGAGAUUUGUAAUCAGUCAGUAUGCCUCUUAGACUUUUUUGUGAAGUGCUGGGGUGGUUUGGGUGUGAGAGGAUCUUGCUGUGUGGAUCCAUAUCUCUAGCGCCGCACUCUGGCCACAGUGCUGCGUCUCAACUCUGUGUUCUGCCUGGGGUUGGGGUGUUUGUGGAGGCCCCCGCUGGCCCCCGGUAGAGCCCUAAUGGGAACCAGCUGCCAAGUGUUGAGCAACACAAAUAGAGGGAACACAGCGGGUAGAAAGGGCAUGAGAAACAAUACAGGACAUGCUGCUGACACAUUUAUAGUGAGUAGACUGGGUACAGGCAGAUAUUUCCUGUUUGGGGGCCAAUGGGGGCCCAAAGAAUGGCCAUCUAUCUUAGAGAGAGGCCUUCUAUCUCAGGGACACACAGGCAAAACAAUGUGCCCAGAGCGAGACUAAUGUAAAUGUUGUUAACUACUUUGCAUUGUGUAAGAAGUCACAGAACAAUGAAUUGAAUAGCUAUAUUUAUUUGUUGUUUGCUGAAUUUAAGGCAGGGAGGGGGUGGGUGGAGGGGGGCAGGGAGCAGAUCAGUGUCUAAAUUUAGAAUUGACGAUCUUCUGCCUCUUGUGAAAUUGUUUACUUCUUCUGUGUACAUGAGCAUUCUAAUAGCAGAGUCCCAUGAGGAGAUAGAGGCCUCUCCACUGCAGACAUAUAGUCUCUGCUCUGUUAUUGGAUUAUGAUGAGAUUCACAUGACCCAGCCAGGCCCCUUUCCCAUCCUCAGUAUCUUCCGAGGAGUUUACCACUAAGCCAGAGACUGAAGCCUUCACUAGGGCCAAAGUCAAUAAGCUAUCUGCAUCUUAUUGUGAGGAGGAGUGGGUGCCGGCAGGGAGGGAGAGGGGGGCACAGGGUUUGUUGUUCCUAUUGCAGAGAGAGCGAGUCUGCCACAGCCUCAGACCUGAGAAGAUGUUGACUUUGGACUGAACUCUUGUUUGGAGCCAAUUCUUGUUUUUCUGCCUGAGCCGAGACCCACUGUAUUUAUUCAGCCCUGUCCCAGAGGCAGAGAUAGAGGCAGACUCAUGCUUAGUUUCAUGUAGGCUACAUAACGUAUAGCACUUCUGAACACAUGAUAUGAACAGCUAAUGAUAAAUGCGUACGGACAAUUCCACGAUAACAGAGUGAUGCUGAGACUCAGAUUUUUCACUUUAAAAUGUAUGCCAAAAAAUGAUUGCAAAGUUAAACAAAACAUUAAACUCUGAGCACAAGGAGUGUGAAAAAUCUGAGUCUCAGCAUCACUCUGUUAACGUAGAAUUGCCCAUACCAUUUGAGGUUCAGUCCUUUUAGAAGUGGAGCACAGUGACAUAGUCUUUGGGACAUGCUGCUGCGCAUGAAACAGAGAAAGGCUAUACUACAUGGUGAAUGUCAUCUUUGUUCUCUACAGUAGUGGGCGCACAGAGAAAUAGUUCAGAAAUAGCUCACAUUACAGAGGACAUUUAUAGGGGACCAGAAGGCUACAGAUGUGAAUUGUUACAAUGUUCAUGCCAUUUAGGAGCGGAUUAGAGCAUUCACCAUGCUGUAAAAUAUUAUUGAGGGAUUCAUUUUCUAUAUCACAGGAUUACUCCCUAUACCCAGGGGAAACAGUACCAGAAAAUUGGGGUUUGGUGUUUUAAUUCUGAACAAAAUUAUAUUUGAAUGAGACUCAUUGUGGUCUAAACGAACAGGAAAUAAUGUAGUUAGAUAUUACAUUAAUAAUUAAUUAAUUAAUUAAUAUGCCAUUUAGCAGACGCUUUUAUCCAAAGCGACUUACAGUCAUGCGUGCAUACAUUUUUGUGUAUGGGUGGUCCCGGGGAUCGAACCCACUACCUUGGCGUUACAAGCGCUGUGCUCUACCAGCUGAGCUACAGAGGACCACCUUCAUGGUGCAACGGCUGCUGGGUUGUAUACUUCACACUUCUAAAGGCUAAGUCCCAAAUGGCACGCUAUUCCCUGUUAUAUAUAGUGCACUACUUUUGACCGGAGCCCUACUGUUUUGGCCCUGGUGGUCAAAGUAGUGCACCAUAGGGUAAUAAAAUAAAAAUAAAAUCCAAUUUUAUUGGUCGCGUACACAUAUUUUGCAGAUGUUAUCGCAGGUGCAGCGAAAUGCUUAUGUUUUUUCCAGCUCGAACAGUGCAAUAAUACAAAUAAAUACACAUAAAUCCAAAAAAGAAAAAGAAAGGAAUUUAGAAAAUAUUGAGAAAUAUCAGAACGAGCAAUGUCAGAGUCUGGAAUAUAAAUAUACAUGUAUAUGAUGGUGUGUAUAGACAUUAUGGACAGUAUAUGAAUAGAAAAGGUGUGUACAGUAGUAGUUAUAUAGGAUGAGCCUUGACUAGAAUACAGUAUAUACAGUGGGGAGAACAAGUAUUUGAUACACUGCCGAUUUUGCAGGUUUUCCUACUUACAAAGCAUGUAGAGGUCUGUAAUAUUUAUCAUAGGUACACUUCAACUGUGAGAGACGGAAUCUAAAACAAAAAUCCAGAAAAUCACAUUGUAUGAUUUUUAAGUAAUUAAUUUGCAUUUUAUUGCAUGACAUGAGUAUUUGAUCACCUACCAACCAGUAAGAAUUCCGGCUCUCACAGACCUGUUAGUUUUUCUUUAAGCCCUCCUGUUCUCCACUCAUUACCUGUAUUAACUGCACCUGUUUGAACUCGUUACCUGUAUAAAAGACACCUGUCCACACACUCAAUCAAACAGACUCCAACCUCUCCACAAUGGCCAAGACCAGAGAGCUGUGUAAGGACAUCAGGGAUAAAAUUGUAGACCUGCACAAGGCUGGGAUGGGCUACAGGACAAUAGGCAAGCGGCUUGGUGAGAAGGCAACAACUGUUGGCGCAAUUAUUAGAAAAUAGAAGAAGUUCAAGAUGACGGUCAAUCACCCUCAGUCUGGGGCUCCAUGCAAGAUCUCACCUCGUGGGGCAUCAAUGAUCAUGAGGAAGGUGAGGGAUCAGCCCAGAACUACACGGCAGGACCUGAUCAAUGACCUGAAGAGAGCUGGGACCACAGUCUGAAAGAAAACCAUUAGAAACACACUACGCCGUCAUGGAUUAAAAUCCUGCAGCGCAUGCAAGGUCCCCCUGCUCAAGCCAGCGCAUGUCCAGGCCCGUCUGAAGUUUGCCAAUGACCAUCUGGAUGAUCCAGAGGAGGAAUGGGAGAAGGUCAUGUGGUCUGAUGAGACAAAAAUAUAGCUUUUUGGUAUAAACUCCACUCGCCGUGUUUGGAGGAAGAAGAAGGAUGAGUACAACCCCAAGAACACCAUCCCAACCGUGAAGCAUGGAGGUGGAAACAUCAUUCUUUGGGGAUGCUUUUCUGCAAAGGGGACAGGACGACAGCACCGUAUUGAGGGGAGGAUGGAUGGGGCCAUGUAUCGCGAGAUCUUGGCCAACAACCUCCUUCCCUCAAUAAGAGCAUUGAAGAUGGGUCGUGGCUGGGUCUUCCAGCAUGACAACGACCCGAAACACACAGCCAGGGCAACUAAGAAGUGGCUCCGUAAGAAGCAUCUCAAGGUCCUGGAGUGGCCUAGCCAGUCUCCAGACCUGAACCCAAUAGAACAUCUUUGGAGGGAGCUGAAAGUCCGUUUUGCCCAGCGACAGCCCCGAAACCUGAAGGAUCUGGAGAAGGUCUGUAUGGAGGAGUGGGCCAAAAUCCCUGCUGCAGUGUGUGCUAACCUGGUCAAGACCUACAGGAAAUGUAUGAUCUCUGUAAUUGCAAACAAAGGUUUCUGUACCAAAUAUUAAGUUCUGCUUUUCUGAUGUCUCAAAUACUUAUGUCAUGCAAUAAAAUGCAAAUUAAUUACUUAAAAAUCAUACAGUGUGAUUUUCUGGAUUUUUGUUUUAGAUUCCGUCUCUCACAGUUGAAGUGUACCUAUGAUAAAAAUUACAGACCUCUACAUGCUUUGUAAGUAUGAAAACCUGCAAAAUCAGCAGUGUAUCAAAUACUUGUUCUCCCCACUGUACAUAUGAAGUGGGUAAAAUAGUAUGUAAAGUGACCAAUGUUCAAUGACUAUGUGCAGGGUAGAGUACCGGGUGGUAGCCGGCUAGUAACAGUGGCUAAGUUCAGGGCAGGGUACUGAGCGGAGGCCGGCUAGUGGUGACUAUUUAACAGUCUGAUGGCCUGGAGAUUGAAAAACAGCUUCUGUCUCUCGGUUCCAGCUUUGAUGCACCUGUACUGUCUCCUCCUUCUAGAUGGUAGCGGGGUGAACAGGCCGUGGCUCGGGUGGCUGAGGUACUUGAUGAUCUUCUUGGCCUUCCUGUGACACCGGGUGCUGUAGAUGUCCUGGAGGGCAGGCAGUGUGCCCCCGGUGAUGCGUUGGGCUGACAGCACCACCCUCUGGAGAGCCCUGCGGUUGCCGACGGUGCAAUUGCCAUACCAGGCAGUGAUAAAGCCCGACAGGAUGCUCGCAAUGGUGCAUCUGUUGAAGUUUGUGAGGGUCUUAGGGGCCAAGCCAAAUUUCUUUAGCCUCCUGAGGUUGAAGAGGCACUGUUGCACCUUCUUCACCACACUGUCUGCGUGGAUGGACCAUUUCAAGUUGUCAGUGAUGUGCACGCCGAGGCUUUUCACCCUCUCCACUAUGGCCCCGUCGAUGUGGAUGGGGGCGUGCUCUCUCUGCUGUCACCUGGAGUCCACGAUCAGCUCCUUCAUUUUGUUGACGUUGCGGGAGAGGUUAUUUUCCUGGCACCACUCCCCCAGGGCCACACAGUCAUGGGUGAACAGGGUGUACAGGAGGGGGCUGAGCACGCACACUUGUGGGGCCCCUGUGUUGAGGAUCAGCGUAGUGGAGGUGUUGUUGCCUACCUUCACCACCUGGGGUCGGUCCAGGAUCCAGUUGCACAGGGUGGGGUUCAGACCUAGGGCCCCAUAGCUUAGUGAUGAGCUUGGAGGGCACUAUGCUGUUGAAGGCUGAGCUGUAGUCGAUGAACAGCAUUCUCACAUAGGUAUUCCUCUUGUCCAGAUGGGAUAGGGCAGUGUGCAGUGCGAUGAUGAUUGCGUUAUCCGUGGAUCUGUUGGGGCGGUAUACAAAUUGUAGUGGGUCUAGGGUGUCGGGUAAGGUGGAGGUGAUAUGUUCCUUAACUAGCCUCUCAAAGCACUUCAUGAUGACAGAAGUGAGUGCUACGGGGCAAUAGUCAUUUAGUUCAGUUACCUUUGCUUUUUUGGGUACAGGAACAAUGGUGGAUUGUUUGACCAGAGAGAGGGUUUCCGACAUUAAUGCCAAGUUGCAUUGGGUGCCAUUUGGGACACAGCCUGUCCCACACUAUCCCAUCUGCUGUUUCUGCUCCAUCUUUCCCAGGAACCUCUUGUCCCAUGGGUCUGGUUGUGGUUGCAUCGUCCAGCUGUUUGACCAAUCACAGGAUGUCACACAGCUAAUCAUUCUAAGUCAUUAGCAAUGAAGUGUAAUUAUUCAGCACUGUCAGCAACCAAUAAGACUCUCUGAGUGGACUAGCAUUCUGUAGUGCAAUAGAAUCAUUGUCCAAUGGCCUCAUUUGUGAUAUGGAUCUCUAGACUGCUUACUGUUCAGGACCCAUUCAGAUAAUUUUACAUUAUGCCUGGCAUAGAUUAUAACACCUACUCUAUAGUAUGUCAUCAGUUGUAAUGCAAACAUAUGUGUGGGCACAGAAGGUCAGUAGAAUCGAUUGAACUGACCUGUAGUCCAUAACCAGGACAUCAUAUAACAUCAUAACCAUAUGAUGUAUAGGCCUCAUUUACAGUGUGUAAUAUAGGUCAGGAAUGCCACAGGAAGGAAGGUUCUUUGACUCACGGCCUGCAAGCAAAUAAAUCAAGGGGUAUUAUGCAUCACAACUGGGAGCAUAUCUCUGGAAUGUUUGAGAUGUAUUUGUGCCUGCCACUCUGGACACAGCAUACAUGUUCCACUGACUGGAUGACACAAGGGGGAAAACAUUGCAUUCUUACAGCAGGCCAAUGUGAACAGAGUAGUAUUGUAGGAUCAGAACACUCUUUGAAUGGGGGGUGACUGAAGAUCAAAGGGAUCUGUGGGGGGGGGGGUUCACUACAUUAGGAAACUGUCUUACAGAACAAGUGGCAGAGUGAAUUGGGCAUGAGAGUUCUGUAAGUAACAUUCUGUGAAUGACUGAGAACCAUUAUAAGCAGUAUGCAAGUAUCCAAUAAUGUCAUAAUUUUGUCUUAGUCAAGUACUGUGCUUUAUUGUCACAUAUUAGAGUAGCUAAAUAAGAGAGCACCUUUUUUAUGAAGGAACGUGAGUGUGUUUGAUAAGAGAUAUUGUGAAAAGCAGGGGACCGUUGUAUCCCAUUUAUGACGGACAACUUAAUCCAGCCUUGCCAAAACGAUUCCAGGUGCUGUACUUUCUGAAAUUGCUGUUGUUUCAAGUUUUAAUGUAAUGUGCACAAGUACAGUGAAAUGCCUUUCUUGCAAGCUCUAAACCUAACAGUGCAGUCAUCAAUAACAAUGUAAUACUAAAAAUAACAUAAGGUGGAAUGAUAAAGUGCCUUGUUGAAUGAUAAAGUGCCCCGUUAGCAACUUGGCAUUAAUGUCAGGAAUCUCUGGUCAAAUGUAUUUCUAAUUCUAGAUCAGAUUCAGGGGCAAACUGUACUCUGUUUUAAAGAGCUCGUUCAUGUUCCCUCUCCCUAGGUGUGUGCAAAAGGAUAUUUCCUCAGUAACCAGAAAAAAUGCCUACCAUGUAACUGCAAAGCCCAUUCAGAAACGUGUGAAGAUAUCACAGGUGUUUGUAUAGUAAGUAUUACAUCCAUCCCCUUUAUUAAUACUUAUUAUAAACUGGGUGGUUCGAGCCCUGAAUACUGAUUGGCUGACAACCAUGGUAUAUUAGACCGUAUACCAUGGGUAUGACAAAACAUUUUUUUGUACUGCUCUAAUUACGUUGGUAACCAGUUUAUAAUAGCAAUAAGGCACCUUGGGAGUUUGUGGUAUAUAGCCAAUAUACCAUGGCUAAGGGCUGUAUCCAGGCACUCCGCGUUGCAUCGUGCAAAGAAAGCCCUUAGCCGUGGUAUAUUGGCCAUAUACCACACCCCCUCGUGCUUUAUUGCUUAAUUACACCAUGGGGACUACUUCUAGUCUCUAGAUUACCAUCUACUAUCAUAUCAGUAAUAGAUUUAAACUAUAUUUCACUCUUUACCAUGCAGUCAUGUCAGGACCACACCACUGGGGAUUUCUGUGAAAUAUGUGAGGAUGGAUACAUGCCUGACGUCUCCACAUAUGGACGACACUCCUGCCGGCCGUGCGCCUGUCCCCUCUCUAGCCCCUCCAACAAGUAAGCUAUAGCAUCCGUCCAUCCAGACCCUACUGUUGUGCAGGCCAUGCAGGGAGAGGCCUGUGUGUUGGUGGGCAGAGCUCACUAACUGACAUUCUUUCCGCUAUGUGUCCGGCCAGCUUCGCAGAGCAUUGUGACAGAAGCAGUAACAUCCUACGAUGCAAGUGCCUAGAGGGCUAUGCUGGACAUUACUGUGAGAGGUCAGUGCUGACACAACCUUGGCCAACACCAUGAGUUAACUUCACCAUGGGAGCAAUUACACUCAUUAUCCUAAAUCAGCUCAUAUAGACACAAAUAAAGCUCUUACAAUUUCACUAUUUUAUUUUUUUCCGGACAGAUUAUCAACCUGAACAGUAAAUAUUUAGAAAUGCUUUCAUAUAACAAUGAUGUUUAAGGGUAAGUGAUAAGUAAUUCUAAGUCAAACAAUCAUUGGCAAUCACCUUCCAUCUUCCUCACCCAGAUGUGCUCCAGGUUUCUACGGCAACCCCAUGGUGAUCGGUGACUCCUGUAAGAGUUGUGACUGUAACGGUAACUCAGACCCCAACCACAUCUUCAAUGAGUGCCACAACGUGACCGGCUUCUGUCAGAAUUGCUGGGGGGACACGGCCGGAGCCAACUGUGAACGGUGUGCCCCGGGUUUCUACGGCGACGCCAUCAGUGCCAAGAACUGCAGAGGUGCUUGCCAAGAGUACUUUUAGACAUUACUUAUGCUACUGAGGCCCUUUGCUCCAAUAGGAGCUAAAAGGAAUAAGUCCGGUCAACUCUUCUGUCAAUGCAGACUACCCAUGUAAAAACAUCCAAGGGAAAAAUAGAUAUUCAUAUGAUGUCUGACAAUGAUCCCCACUUGUUUGGAUAGUGAAGCUAUAUCCAGUCAAUUGCCAUGCUCAAUUCUGGAUUUGAACGCUGCUUUGACGUUGCUCUUGGGGUUAAGGACUUACUAUGGAUUUGUCUUCAAUAGAGCUCUAACAAUUUCCCCUUGUUUUGCUCAUAUAGACAUAAGUCAAUCACAAGGCUCUAUCUGAAACGAAAUACGGGAAGGUCUAUUUUGUAUGUUUACACAGUUGGGCAGGCUGGGUAGUGAGAAUUCCUGCCUCUGAGACAGUACAGUACAACACAGACAACCAUGGCCUGUGUAUUAUCUUACGCCAUGUGCACAUCAGUGUAAGAAUAGAGUCAUGGAAAAGUGGUGCAUGUUUACCAAAUAUGAACUUGUAGUUGCUGUCUGUAUGAGAUAAGUCCAGCUCUAGCUCACUUGUAGAAAACUAUGAAGAAUACAACUGUAGAAAUGGGAAAAAUCCCAGUCUACAUCACAAUCUAUUGCAUGAUUUUCAUUUGUAUUUUAGGGCUUUGCUUGGACAGAAAUAACCUUUUUCAUUGUGGCAAUGUCAUGAUUAUUUGACCCGUGCUGUAUUAGCUAUGAGUGCGUCCUGUGUUACAGCGUGCGAGUGCAGUAAGUGUGGAACAGCUUCGUGUGAUGACAGGACAGGGACGUGUCACUGUAAGCCUGGUGUCACCGGCCAACUCUGUGACCAAUGUGAGGUGAGAUGCUCAAGGGCCUUAUCAAGGAGCCAGCCUUACAACCAUGUGGUCACACAAUCACACUGUUGGACAGCUUUUCAUGAGAACAGAUAUGCUCAGUAAAGCAGACAAUAAGAAGAAAGCAGACAAAAUCAUUCAGGCUACUGUGAAUAACAACAACAACAACAACCAAAUGUCUAACAUACUGUAUGUCCAUUGUGUGCUUUAGGAGGGCCACACAGGUUUCAAUAACUGUCAGGGCUGCCAGAGGUGUGACUGUGGACCUGCCGGUCUCCGGCCCACCUGUCAUCCUCUGACCCACAGCUGCCUGUGCCAACCAGGGGCCGGAGGCCGAUACUGCGAGCGUUGCCUCCCAGACCACUGGAACUACGGCCCCUCAGGGUGUCAAAGUAAGUACCGUGUCUGUCUAAUCUUGCUAACCACCCAGACCAGUUGGUCAAAUUAAGAACAGAUAACGUUUUUCUGUAGCUAGCAAGCCAGUCCACCAUUCCCACACCCACUCAUAUAUGAUGUCAGGGAGGCAUCUGCUGUGAUCUGCAACCCCAGGACCAUCUGUACGCAUCUGCACACGGCCACAGGCACUGACUGCAUCUAGCAGCCGACUUUCCUCUGACAUCACCGCCCGCCUAGUCCUCAUUUAUCUGCUGAGCUGCCAGAACCAUCAAUCCAUCCUACAGCCACAAUAUAGAGAACCAGGGAACCGCACUGCAGAUGUACAGCAGCACUCCUCCCAAGUCAAAAGACCCACCAUAGGUUCCAUUAUAUAUUUGGUAUUUGUACUAAGACUGACUCUCCUAUGUCCGGCUGAUAAAGCAUUCAACUCGAUAAAUAGAACUAGACAUGUAAUCAACUGUAGCUAUAUGAAGUGCAUGAGUGUGUGUCUGUUUCUUCACUCCAGAAUGUGACUGUGCUAGCAGCCACUGUGACAUGCACACUGGGGAGUGUCUCCCUGAAGCCGCCACGAUCAAUCUCUGCAACAUCAGUAAGUGGGUCUGGUUAGAAAUCAAAAUGAAUGUUUCAGUUAAUCUUAAACAACCCUUUGUGUUGGAUUUUAGCAUGAUGUGAUGUUGGGGAAAUUACACACAAAUAAUUUGCGUCAUCAUUUGGCUCCUCCCUCCCAUCAGGUUGUGAUGAGUGUAUCUGGCACCUGAUUGGUGACCUGAGGUUGUCCAAUAAGACGCUGGACCAGAUGAGGGUCAGUGUGUUGAACAUCUCCACUGGGGCUGCAGCCAACGACAGGCUCAAGUACUACAACUACACUGCCCAACGUCUGCAGGUACAGUACAACCUCUCUUUCUGCUCACGCUGAUAUAGUUGGGACUCAAGAUGUUUAUACACACCUAUAUUAUCAGUUCAUUCUGAUUUAAACAAGAUAAAUAAGCAGCUUAACUACCUUUUUCUACGACAAAGUCUGACAAAGGAUAUUGGCAAAUAUCAUACACCAACCAACCAACCAAAAAAACAACUAACCAACCAAUACAACAACCAUUGUACUGUGCGAAUCACACAAUUUUCUUCUCUCAAUCCUAACAUGCAUUUACUGUAUUGUAAUAGUAUUGUGUAAGUGUAUCCCAUUACCCCUAUGUUUCGUUUCCAGACUCGGUUUGUGAACUGGAGGAAUAAGUCAGCUCUGAUGAGGACCCAGACUGGGCAGCUGGAGGGGGCCAGUGCUGCUCUACUCUUAGACAUCAACCAUCUGGCAGAGACGGUAAGAGGACACCUUCAUCACUCAUCUAACUCACUCACACUCCUCUUCCUCCCUCCUUUCACAUUUCUCUGGAGGUUAAAUAAAGUCCAAAUACAAAAACCAACAUAUAGUUCAUUCAUACUAACUCAAAAAAAAAUAUUGCAUGCUUCGUAAACAACCGGUGUAGACUAACAGUGAAAUGCUUACAGGUUCUUCCCAACAAUGCAGAGAGAAAAAAAUUGAAAUAAUAGAAAAAUAUAAAAAAUAAUAACAUGAGGAAUAAAAACACAAUGAGUACAAUAACUUGGCUAUAUACAGGAAGUACCAGUACUGAGUCAAGAGUGCAAAAAGGGUCAAUGCAGAUUGUCCAGGUAGCUAUUUGGUUAACUAUUUAGCAGUCUUAUGGCUUGGGGGUAGAAGCUGUUGGUUCCAGACUUGGUGCAUCCAGAACCAAAUCUCCCACUACUCGAUUUAGCAUUUUAAUGUUAACGUCUGUCACGAGAGACUAUGGUUAUACAGUUCAGUUAGCUUACCUCUCAGAGCCAUCAAAUCUGUUUUAGUUGAGCUUGUAGUGGUAGUGUCCAGAAUGUGUCAUUGAUUUUUGUGUUCUGUGGUCUUAACUAUGUCAUUGAUCUGUGUGGUGUUUGCUGUGGGCCAGGAGAGUGCAGUGAAGUUCUUGGGGGAAAGAGUGGAUGAAGACACAAUAGAGAGUGUCACUCUGGCUGACGAGCUGACCACUAACCUCACCACCCUCAACGUGCUGAUUGAAGGUAUUGUUAAGCCUGCUAAAGAUACACUACUAUGCCUCUUUGAGUACCGUACACCUCCCCCAUUAUUCAUAAUGCUUCUAGGUAUAAAUAUUGAUAUAUGAUAUCCAAUUACUUUUUAAUCUCGCCUUGCCUUAAGAUUUAAAUCCAAAUCACCUUUGCUGUAUUUCCUACUGUCAUCCAUUUAUCAGCCCUUGUUUAUGAGGGUGCUUUUGGUAGUGGAGCUUCAGUCAUAUCCCAGAGCCAUAUCCCAGCCUUCCUUCACCCUGCGCUCUGUGUCGUGUUUGUGUCUCAUAGAGAUGAUCAGUGACUGGGAGCUGUACAGUGUCCAUCAGGACCUGGACCCAGAGAUCAUCAGACAGAAGACAGCUAUGGCCGAGGGCAUGGUGGCCUGGAUGAAGAAACUGGACCUUUCUCCACGAGAGCCCAUUGCCACCGAUGAGUCCACCGAGGCCCACGACCGUGAGAAAAAACGCACACACUCACACACAGACACAUCUACACAAAGAAACACACAUGCUAUAGACACGUUAUAAUGGAGAGGUAGAGACAAGCUUUGUGGUCCUGUGUAUUUACAAAUGUGUGUGUUGUCCAGUCCUUAGACGCAUGCGUCAACUGGAUAAGAACCUGAUCAGUACGGACAGCCGCGUGGCCCCGGUACGGGAGGUGCUCUCCCGCUUCACCAACAAGCUCUCUGAGGCCCAGGAGAUCCUCCAGAAGGCUGCCAACACUGUCCAGGAGACUGAGGACAUGAACAAAGCCAACACCGUCAAAUUCCAGAGGAGUGAGGUAACUUCCCACGACACUGGGGUCAGCUUGGCCCAGAGCGUGCCGCCUGGAGCCUCUCCUCCUGCCUCCCCAAAUGCCCCUAGCCGACUCCCAGACUCCCUGACUGCCAGCCUCUCUGACUGCCUGGCCCUCUGACUCUCUGGCUGACUGACUUUAUACUUCCCCUACUGCUUGCCUGACUCCCUGGCUCUCUGCUUGUCUGACUCCCUGGCUCUCUGCUUGUCUGACUCCCUGGCUCUCUGCUUGUCUGACUCCCUGGCUCUCUGCUUGUCUGACUCCCUGGCUCACUGCUUGCCUGACUCCCUGGCUCUCUGUGUUUGUCAGCAUGGUUUCAUUACCACAGCUCACUCUGAUAGCGCCCUGCUAAAGAGAUCAGUGCCGUCUGCCUUUAUCUUCCCUCUGAAUGUUGCAGGAGUUCAGCUUGACUUUAUCACUGGAAAACAACUGUCCUGCUCCUGCAAAGGAAUAGACCAGAUAUUCUCUCUCUGCCAUACAGUAUGUGGAUUGUAGUUGUUCCCAAAGCCUGCCUGAGAACUCAAUUACCCAUGGUAUUUAGUAGUAGAGAACAGUAAAACAGAAACAGCUGUUAGGGAUUGUUAGGAGGCACAAAGUGUGGGGUAGAUACAUUGCUGCACAACACAAUCAUAACCCCAUAGCCCAUUUUAAGAGGAUAUGCCCCUUAGAGUUGAAUACCCACAGCUGCUUGUCAUUUAAUGGGUUAUCAUGUGUACAGUAAUUUUGUACAGCUCCUUAACGUUUCCUCAGUCUGAGGCUGUCACGAUCUUUGACUGAUGAAGAGACGGACCAAGGCGCAGCGUGAUAAGCGUACAUUCUUUAUUUAGUACACACACGAACCAAAACAACAAACGAAACGAUACGUGAAGUCCUAGGUUAUACACAAAAACCUUACAGAACAAGAUCCCACAAAGUAACAUGCCAACAGGCUGCCUAAGUAUGGUCCUCAAUCAGAGACAACGAGCUACAGCUGUCUCUGAUUGGGAACCACCCUGGCCAACAUAGAUAUAAACGAUCUAGAACAAAAGCAUAGAAAAUGUAACAGAAACUCCACACCCUGGCUCAACAUUUAAGAGUCCCCCGAGCCAGGGCGUGACAGAGGCAUGAGGCUAGUUAGACAACUGAAAGAUUUUCCAUAAAGUUUAUAGAUCCCAAAUACAAUACAACAGGCCUAUUGUUCCUAUUCAUUAUGGUGUGAAAUCCUGAGGGAUUGCGAUUCUAAUUUAACACACAAACUGGCCCUGUUGUCAUGCCCAAAUUGACAUUAUGGGCCCAUUGUGGUUGUGCUGCAGUGGAGCCUGGAGCUAGGCGCAACCAGCUGCUGCAGUGAAGGCUGGAGCUAGGAGCAACCAGCUGCUGCAGUGAAGGCUGGAGCUAGCUGAAAAUCAAUUCCAUGAAUGGUGUACUGUCCAAACAGGAGGCCUACCAUAAUCUGUGGCUCUUUCUUUCCACAGCAGAUUAGUCAACAUGAGUCAUGGCAAGAGAAACACAGCCAGGGUUACUAUGGGGGAAAGAGAGUGUUUACUGUACCAUACUCAUAACUGCUGUCAACACAUCUCUCUCUUGCCUCUUUAGGGCAAAACACAAGUUGUUAAAGGGAGUGCUAUAAAUUAAAUGUUGAUGUUCUGCAUCAAUUAGGCUUGCAGCUUUCAUUUGACAUUUGAAAGUAUUCUACUUAUGAUGUAUGUACUUUUAUGAUAUGGGAGAGAUACAUAACCUGUACUCUCUACACAAUGUAUAUUCUCGGUACUAUAAACAGAAAUAUAUGACUGAACAUCAGGCUAGCAUACAGUACUCAGAGUAUUCACUAAUCCUGUCCACUCUCUCUCCCAGGCCAAGCAGCAGGAGCUGAUAGAGAACUACAAAGCUGUGAAUGACACCUUGCAGAUGGCUAAAGACCUUAUAGUGGACACUGAAAAUACUGUGGCCGAGAUGGAUCUCCUUGUGCAGGUAAGGCCUGUUCUCGGCCUGUACACUCUUAGGAAAAAGGCUUCCAAAAGGGUGUUUUGGGUGUCCCCAUAGGAGAACCCUUUUUGGUUCCAUGUAGAAUCCUCUGUGGAAAUGGUUCUACAUGGAACCCAAAAGUAUUCUACCUGGAACCAAAACAGUUCUACUUGGAACCAAAAAGGGUUCUUCAAAGGGUUAUCCUAUGAGGACAGCCGGAGAACCCUUUCAGGUUCUAGAGAGCUCUUUUCUUCCAAGACUGUACACACCAUAGUCACUAUUAACCUGCUAUGCCUGAAAGCUUUGUGUUUUGGACCCCCUCAAUGAGGUCAUCAUGUAAUUAUGAUGGAUUGCAACGUUUCAGUUCAUGUGUUGAAUAUGGCCUGACAGGGAGAGUCCCAUGUACUGGUCCAUGCACUUAAGAGUAUGAAUCCAUAACUAAUUUAACAGACAGCCAAAAUGAGAGACUUAUUUUUUGAAUGGCUUUGGAUCUAAAAAGCCAUUGCGUCUUUGAACAAUUCCCAUUUAAGUCAAUUGCCUCUCUAUUGGGUUACUCAGUGGGGAAAUAGAAUAAUUCAGAGGUAACAUUGUCAGUUAAGUCCUGGAAUGGGGUCUGUGUCUGUGUAGAACGUGACUGAGUACCACGCUGCGAUCGAUGGCGCAAGCAAGCGGCUGCAGGAGAAGACUGAGGCGCUGUCCCUGGCAGACAGAGACCUGGUCCAAAGAGCCCAGGACCACGCAGAGGACCUCCAGAGUCAAGCGGAUGAGCUGGAGUAGUGAGUAGUAGUGAUGUUACAUAGUAGUGAUCUCAUCACGGCAUCACUCUAAACAAUACACUAUCCUCCUUAGUCCAUUAUAAAUGCACAUCACAUUGUAGAACCAACCAACUACUAAACACGACUACACUUGAAUAUCCUGUACUCCAUUAUAAUGGACACCACAUUCAAGAAACAAAACCACCACUGAACAUGUUUAUCCAACACUGAUCAACACUCAGUCACACAUUACUUGAAGCACAAAUGAAAGGCCACCCUUUAAUGUACAGUAGUGGUACCAGUUAAAAGUAGGCCUUAUCCUCAAUGCUUUACAAAUAUUCUAACCAGACACUGAUUUUGUUGUAUGUUUCUUUUCACCUAGUAAUCUGAAACGAAGUGAUGCCAAUGGAUUCGUGCAGAAGGCUCUGGAUGCAGCCAAUGUGUACAACAACAUAGUCCAGUAUAUCGAAGUGGCCAACAUCACUGGACUGACAACAAUGGAUUUAGCAACAAGAGCUGAGGAUGUAGGUUGUCUGAAAUGCGCAAUUAGCUACAUAUCAUAUAUUUAGGCUAGUGUACAGUGAUUUUCACUUGAUAACCUAAAACUGUGCUGUCUAUGGCAGGCCAGCACUGGGAUCAACACCCAGCUGGGGUUUCUGAAGACCCAGAGUGACAACAUCUUCAAGGAAUCUGUUUCAUUGCGCUCUGAGCAAUUCGGUAUGACACAUUUUCUGGUUCAGCAUUGUUUGAUUACUGUUAGAGACUAGCUUGUACAGGUUCUCCUCAAUGAUGAUGCAUGUGUGAAUUAUCUUCACAGAGGUUGAAGCUGAGGUUCUGGACAAGAUUAAAUACAUUGAGGAGACCAAGGAGACCAUGGAGGACAACACCAAAAAACUAGCUGUAGUACUGAAAGAUAUCAAGGGAAUUGAGCCAGGUAAAACACAUUCUUUUUCUGGCCCAUAGCCUAUCUAGGGUCUCUGACAUACACGUCAUUGUAUUCACCACCCUUCCAAGGUUUCUCUCCUCAUCUCUGUAGUAAAAAAAAAAUUCUGAAUUCCACUCUGACCUUCCAGACAGAACCACCAAGCGUCUGGAGCUCACCAAGGAGGUUGCUGAAGGCACCCUGAACCGCUCAGUGGAGGUCCUGCAGACCAUCACCCCCAUCCACGAGAAGGUAGAGGAGUGGGCCAUCAACAUGAAGAACCAAGAUUACUCUGCUGCAGCCUUCGACCGCGCUGUAGUCUCCGCUGGGGAAGCAGGUACAGUACACUCAUUCAGACCGCAGCAUUUCAAUCCUCAACAGAGAAGACUUAAUGACCAAGCAUUACACUCAAACUAGCAAGUGUAAAACUGAACAGAGAUUCUCCGAAAAAAUCCCAAAGGAAGGAUAGAGAGAAUUGAUGGAUAUUCUAACAUGUUAGUCCACAUGACUAGAGUUGUAGUCACAGAGAUAUACUGUAUCUCUAUGGUUGUAGUGGCUUAAUAGAAAAAAGUGGUUGGAAUAUUGUUGUAAAUCUAUGAUGGUGUUUUUAGUGGAGAACCUGUCUGAGCUGGUCCCUGAGCUGCUGGAUAAGCUGCGUGUGGUGGAGGAGAAGAACCCAGUGAACAAUGUGACCACGAACAUCAUGAGGAUCAGAGAGCUCAUCGCCCAGGCCAGGAGUGUGGCCAAGAAGGUCAAUAUUUUCACCUUAACAAUCACUAUAUCACAACCGAAAUGUACUUUCAACCACCUUUGAUGAGCAAAAUCCUUUAUAGUCUCAUGUUACUAUAAUCCCAAGUCUUGUUCAUAAUCAAGCUCGUAUGACACAGAUAUAUCAUGUUUUGUUACACCAUAGGUCCAAGUGUCCAUGAAGUUCAACGGUCAGUCGUCGGUUCAGGUGCAGCCCCACACCAACCUGAAGGACCUGAAGACAGUGACCACCAUCAGCCUGUUCAUCAGGGUGGACCCAGAUAAGGACCCUAUCGAGGACCGCUUCAUCUUCUAUCUGGGAGACAGAAACGUGAGGAGGCUCGGGGGAGAGGGGGGACAGGGAAUAGGGGGCGGGGAUGGUGCUGGGUUCAGCAGCUUGGCUCUUCUCUAAAGCAGAUAUGUUUGUCCUGUAUAGCCAACUCCAUGGGAGUUAGCCAUACAGCAUAAACACAUCUGGGAUCAGGAUAGCAGCAUACACCACAACAGCCCCUGUGUCGGACUGAGGCAUUGUUCUGUUGUGUGCAAGAAGUGGGUGGGUGGGAGGAAAGGGGUGCAGAAUGGCCCAGAUCUGCUAUUGAAACUUCCCAGACUUGGACCCUGAGGACAGCCUGAGAUAAAAGGGAGAGGAGCUUGUGUGCAGAUGAAUGGUUUGUUGUCAUCAUGUGAGCAGGAGAGGCCUUUGAGAGCAGACGGUUGCCUUUUUCGAAAGGUUUCCAGGAAACCCCUGUUGACAAUAGUGUGUGCCACUGCCUCCAAAGUCGGGGAUCCUUUACAUGAAUGGCAUUACCCCCCACCCACAGGGGCUUAAUGACAGCAGGGCAGAUCACUCCUCUCUGGGCCUCUCUGUUCUCUUUAACGAUGCUGCUUACCCUGGUGAUUCUGCCACUGCUGUAAAUGAUGCAGUGGUGUUGCUUAGUGACCAUUCGUUGGUUUUAUAAAAACAAAGAUUUGGACGCUUUGCUUUUCCUGAAAAAGAGUGCAGGCAGGGAUUCCAUAUUACAGUACAUGCAUUAUAUGUUGUCUAAAACCUGUAACCUUGGUAUCUGUGCUAUAUAUCAAAUAGGGUAGGAAGGACUACAUGGGUCUGGCAAUCAAGAAUGACAACCUGGUGUACGUCUACAACCUGGGAGGGGAAGAUGUCGAGAUCUCACUUGGUUCGAAGCCUGUCAGCCAAUGGCCUCCAGUCUUUAACCUCAUCAAAGUGGAGAGGUACAGUAGAGUAUUUCCUAAGAAACAGAUCCACACAGAUAGACUAUCAUAUUCUGGUAGCAGAUCAGUUAAUGCUUAUUAGACAAUAGUUUUGUCGUGUCUGCUGUCAUGCCAUACAUGUAUGCCAUCAUGACUGACAACCAAUGAUAAAGGACAUACAGCACAGAUCUGCGACCAGGCUAAAGGUCGUCCAUCCAUUCACACGGUCAGUACAUCUGUCUAGUCUAACCACUCACAGGGAGCUAGGAGGCUGAUCUGCCCAUGCAGGAGGUAAUGGUGUUGAUGUGACUGAUUAUUCACGCUGCUUUGUGUCUCUGUUUUGACAGGCUGGGCAGACAUGGCAAAGUGUUCCUGACCGUACCCAGUCAGACAUCCACUGACGAGCAGAAAUUCAUUCAGAAGGGAGAAGCCUUUGGCACCGACUCCCUGUUCGAUCUGGACCCUGAAGACACUGUCUUCUUCAUGGGUGGCGUCCCCGCUGAUGUCAGGGUACAGCAUUACUUUCUAACAGGAUAUGACAUCAGUCUCUGGUCAGAGUUCUGUGGCAUUGGCUAAUGCAUAGCAGACCGUUGUAUCAUACAGUGUUGAUGUAACCUGUACUUCACUCAUGAACCAUUGACACAGCAGGAUUGAAUCUGUAUUGCAAUGAUUCUGUAUUUACUCUUCCCUUCCAAGAUAAGAUUCUGAAUGUUGUUCAUUUGGUUUUCUUGUAGCUUCCACCUGCACUCAGCCUAGCUCCUUUCGUGGGCUGCAUCGAGUUGGCCUCUUUGAAUAACGAUGUCAUCAGUCUGUACAAUUUCAAACAGACCCACAAGAUGGAUGUAGUUGCUUCAACACCUUGUCCCAGGUAUGAUAUACCACAUCUUGUCCAGACAUUUUUGUUGGGAACUUUAGAUAUUACCUCUGCCUUUAAAUAAUCUACAUCUGAGGCUUGUUCAGACAAGUCACUUAAUGUUGACUUAAAUCUAACAUUGUUUUCUUUGCCUUAUCAGGUAUAAGCUGGCAUUCUCACAAAGUCGUAUCGCCAGCUACCUGUUUGACGGAACUGGAUAUGCCCUCAUCAACAACAUGGAGAGGAGGGGUAAAUUUGGCAUUGUCACCCGGUUUGACAUUGCUGUUCGGACAGUAGCAAACAACGGCAUCCUGUUACUCAUGGUCAAUGGGGUAAAUAUAGCAACAGAAAUGUCACCUUUAUAUUUGAACAAGCAACACAGUCAGUGAUGCAAUGCUAUGACUUGCAAUGCUUCAGAGAGCAUAGAGAUUUACCAAUCAUUUAUCUUCAUCAUGUAACUGGGAUGAAUUACAAAAAAAUGGUUCAAUCCUUCUUUCCAGGACAACGUCUUCCUGUUAGAGUUGAAGAAUGGCUUCCUACGUCUCAUGUAUGACUUUGGCUUCAGUGGAGGCCCAAUCGUCAUGGAGAGUAACUCACCCAAACUACAGAUCAAUGACGCAAGAUACCAUGAGGUAAAUAUAAAUCAGCCCAUUCUCUUUGUGUCUGCAAGGGUGUGCCUUCUACAACUGUGAGAUGUGAAUAAAAUAAAUGUCCUCUCAACAGUAAUCUAAUCUACGCAGUUUUUUUUUUAAUAGGUGUCAGUGAUCUAUCAUUACUCCAAGAAGAUCAUUCUAUUGGUGGACAAGAGUCACGUGAAGUCCAUGGAGAACGAGAAAAAAACUCUGCCCUUCUCCGAUAUCUACAUAGGAGGAGCCCCCUCGCGCAUUCUCCUCUCCAGGUGAGUUAUCCAACCAACACCACACACAUGCACUUCCUCACACCAAUCCAAGGACCUUGAGAGAGGUAUAACCUUGAAAGAAUAGUUUACAAUGGUAACACAAUAUCAACAGAUUAUAACAUUGGCAUUAGACUGAGUACAGCUAUGCCCUAUGAAACUAUGAGACUGAGACCAUGAGCCCAUUCCCUCUCCUCCAGGCCUGAUAUGUCCUCCCUGGUGGGGCUGAAGGGGUGUGUGAAGGGCUUCCAGUUCCAGAAGAAAGACUUUAACCUCCUGGAAGAACCUGGCACUAUUGGCAUCAGCAGCGGUUGUCCUGAGGAGUCUUUUGUAUGUACUGUAGUCCAAAUGAAAUUCUAAGCAUAUACAGUACAGAAUCCACUGAAAUACAAUAAUUGGCAAUGUCCCUGUUGUGUCUUGAUUUGUAACAGAUGUCCCGUAAAGCCUACUUCACUGGAGAGAGCUACCUGGGGUCUGCGGCAAAGAUAUCUCCUUUUGACGCCUUCGAGGGAGGCCUUAACUUCAGAACACUGCAGCCUACUGGUCUCAUGUUCUACCACAGCGAAGGGGUAUACUGAUGUAUUCUUAAAUCAAGAAUGCUCUCUUUUUUUUAUAUGAGUUCCAAAAGGAACUACAAAGGAAAUACAACUGUUAUAAACUCUCCUCUGUCUUUCUCCUUCAGUCUGAUGAGUUUACCAUCUCCCUUGAGAAUGGAGCAGUGGUAUUGAACUCCAGAGGCACCAGGGUCAAAUCACAGAAGAAGCAGUACAAUGAUGGAGUGACCCAUUUCCUGGUAGCUUCAGUGAAUAAUGACAAGUAAGAAUCCAAUGUAUGGCUCCCAAGUACCAUGUGCUUUUAUAGAUUGCCCUGCUGUUAAGGCAUUUUGAGAUUUCUUCAUAUUUUAAAGGUUUCUUUAAAUAUAGAAUAGGCUAUCAUUAUUCAUUGCAACAAUUGCCUUAUUAACCAUCUAAUUCUAUCCUAGAUAUGAGCUGGUGGUGGAUGACAAAGACAAGCAUGAGAAGAAACGUCCGACUACUGCCCCCUCAGCCUCCACAGUGAAGAACUUCUACUUCGGAGGCUCUCCCAGCAGCAGCAUGAAGAACUUCACUGGCUGCAUCAGCUAUGCCUACAUCAGCAGGUCACACUCUCUCACUGCCACAGCACUCAGACCAUAUUAGAAAUACAUAGACAGGAUUGUAGGAAGUGGCCCCAUAGCCUAAUGCAUUUGAUGUAACGGAUUGUAAUGGAUUGCAUCUAUAUAGAGAAGUCACUAAAGUCAUUUUAUGGGGGAGCUGACCUCAUCCACCGCCAGUGGAUGCUGAAUGUGUUUCUGUAAAGAGUAUUUUCUUAGCGAGUGAACAAGUCCAAGUUUGCACACUGUUAGUAAGCCUGUUUCCUUUCUCCAGGGACUGCUGUUAUGAGAGCAUGCUAAAUGGUCAUUUGGCUCAGGUUGGUUGGUGAAAACCUAGCUGCCUAGCUUUAUCUAUGAGAGGAGGAAAGCCAGGCUCACAAAUAGAGCUGCUGUUGAGAGCUGAGUGGGAGGACAAGGAGUUUGUUUCCAUGGAGACAGAGUUCUGUGUGUGUGAGUAUCUCUAUGGCUCUUAUGUCUUUGGCACUAAGUUGCUAGUCUCUCUCCCUUCAGACAAGACAGAGACAUUGAGCCAGAGGACUUUCAGAAGUACACUGAGAAUGUCCAGACCUCUCUGCAAGACUGCCCUGUGAAGCGACCGCCCGCUGCCCUGCUCUCAAAGCAAAGCAAGGACUCUGCCAAACCCAAGCCGGGCCAUACAAGGAAGGUAUAAAGACAUACAUUAAUUUCCAUACAUGUCAAUGAACCCAGUUUGCUACGAAAUGUCUAUUUUCAUUUUUAUUCAUGCCCGUCUUGGUAUAAUCAAUGCAGAAGGAGUACAUAAUUCAUCAGUGAAUAUUGAACUAGAGGCAUGCAUGUAUUGACCCACUACUAAGUCAAGUAACUUCCUUUGUCUCUCAAAGGUGGGCAGAGAUAAGUCCAACCUCCCACAAGGCCUGUUGGGACUGAAGAGUGAUGACCAGGAGCCAGGAGAGACAGAGGAGACGCCCUGCUACCUGUCCCCCAGGCCCCGUGCCACCCGCCACGCCUACCACUACGGGGGCACUGCCAACAGUAGGCAGGAGUUCACAGACAUCCCAGGGUCCCUCUCUGAGAGGUAAGGCCGGGGCUGGGAAGAACACUGUGGGUACAUAGGUUGACCAGAAGUCAACCAAAAGGUAAAUCCUGAACAUGAACUCCACUUUGGUUUCUUGGUCUAAGUACUAGUCACAUGCUCUCUGGUCUAAGUACUAGUCCUUGUGCACCUUCCUCCACCAGGUCUCACUUCUCCCUGUCCCUGAAGACCCAGUCCUCCUUUGGCAUAAUCUUUUAUGCAUCAGAUGAGGCGGAGGACAACUUUAUGGCUCUCUUCCUGGCCCAUGGCAAGCUGGUGUACACAUUCAACCUGGGUCAGCAGAGGGUCAAGAUCAAGAGCCUGGAGAAGUACAACGAUGGAGCAUGGCACAAUGUAAGUAAAUGUACUUAUUCCCCAUUAUCCAUACUAAAAUAUAUCACUUUUACCUCUGACAUCAGUCACAAAUACAGUAUACCAGACCUGGGAUAUCUAUAGUUUUAACUAUGCCUUAUAAAACAUUUAAUUUUAAAAAACGGGGGGGAAAUAGUUACUUUCGAGGUGACUACAACUAUUUGAAUACAGAUCCCAAAAAAUGACUAUCUCAGAAGGUAACUACUUUUGUAAACUAUUUGAAUACAGAUCUGUGCACCUCUACUUUUCUUUUACCAGACAAUUAUCAUAAUCCAUUAGAUAAUUUGUAAAUGUUCACUUAUUUUUUAGCUAGUCUGUAUAAAAAAAAUAUAUACUGUAUAUGACCAUUUCAUAAAUGGUAUAAUUGCGUGCUAUUAAAGCAUUUUGCAAACCCGCUCCCCCCGUCAGCCCACUGCUUUAAUUGGUGUAAUGUUAGCUAAAAACCACAAGUGUCUAUCCAGAUAAUGAAAAGGCACCCACGAAAGAAAAAUCAAGGAACUUAUAUUUACAUUAUAUUUGCGUCGUGCAUGAUCAUGAGCAAAAUCAUUGUAGCCGAUCAUUUCACUUCCCUUGUGAGAACCAUGAGCACGGGCUGACUUGGCUUUGCUGUACCGCAGCAGAAGCCUGCCAGCAGCCUACCUACCAAAGGUUGCACCAUGUCCAUUACAAUGUAGAAAGACACAUAUCAGCUAUCUUUCAAUAGUUAUCCAUAUUACCGGAGCUUCAUCUUAUUCUUUCUAACUAUUUCUAUGGUGGAUUCGCAAACGCAAUUUAAUGAAAAUGCCAAAACUUUGGAGAUAACAAUAGAUGGUGAAGUCAGAGAUAGGCCAGUGGUGUCCAUCUGUGGUGAAGUUUUCCCUAAAUCAAUGCUUAUGACAAAUCCAGCGUGAGAACAAGCCACAGAGCCAGCUGGAUAAUCUUUUGAAUAUGGCGUAGCAACAACAAAUAAUAUUAGCUAGCUAGUUAAGGUUAGCAAGAUAGCUAGCUACACUGACAGCUGUCAGUGCCCUAUUUGUUGAUGUUUUAUCAACCCCACGUGGAUAUUCCCCACACCCAGUGUGUGAAUAUAUAUAAGUUGCCUUCGUCAUUCUUUGGAGGUGGAACCUAAACGUGCAUUUCAUCUCUAGGACAGGAAAUGACGUCGAAAUAGUGGUGGUAACUUCCUCUGGGGGGGGGGGGGGUCUUUUAACACCUACAGUGAGGGGAAAAAAGUAUUUGAUCCCCUGCGGAUUUUGUAUGUUUGCCCACUGACAAAGACAUCAGUCUAUAAUUUUAAUGGUAGGUUUAUUUGAACAGUGAGAGACAGAAUAACAACAAAGAAAUCCAGAAAAACGCAUGUCAAAAAUGUUAUAAAUUGAUUUGCAUUUUAAUGAGGGAAAUAAGUAUUUGACCCCUCUGCAAAACAUGCCUUAGUACUUGGUGGCAAAACCCUUGUUGGCAAUCACAGAGGUCAGACGUUUCUUGUAGUUGGCCACCAGGUUUACACACAUCUCAGGAGGGAUUUUGUUCCACUCCUCUUUGCAGAUCUUCUCCAAGUCAUUAAGGUUUCGAGGCUGACGUUUGACAACUCGAACCUUCAGCUCUCUCCACAGAUUUUCUAUGGGAUUAAGGUCUGGAGACUGGCUUGGCCACUCCAGGACCUUAAUGUGCUUCUUCUUGAGCCACUCCUUUGUUGCCUUGGCCGUGUGUUUUGGGUCAUUAUCAUGCUGGAAUACCCAUCCACGACCCAUUUUCAAUGCCCUGGCUGAGGGAAGGAGGUUCUCACCCAAGAUUUGAUGGUACAUGGCCCCGUCCAUCAUCCCUUUGAUGUGGUGAAGUUGUCUUGUCCCCUUAGCAGAAAAACACCCCCAAAGCAUAAUGUUUCCACCUCCAUGUUUGACGGUGGGGAUAGUGUUCUUGGGGUCAUAGGCAGCAUUCCUCCUACUCCAAACACGGCGAGUUGAGUUGAUGCCAAAGAGCUCCAUUUUGGUCUCAUCUGACCACAACACUUUCACCCAGUUCUCCUCUGAAUCAUUCAGAUGUUCAUUGGCAAACUUCAGACGGCCAUGUAUACAGUGGGGAGAACAAGUAUUUGAUACACUGCCGAUUUUGCAGGUUUUCCUACUUACAAAGCAUGUAGAGGUCUGUAAUUUUUAUCAUAGGUACACUUCAACUGUGAGAGACGGAAACAAUCCAGAAAAUCCAGAAAAUCACAAAUCCAGAAAAUCACAUUGUAUGAUUUUUAAGUAAUUAAUUUGCAUUUUUAUUGCAUGACAUAAGUAUUUGAUACAUCAGAAAAGCAGAACUUAAUAUUUGGUACAGAAACCUUUGUUUGCAAUUACAGAGAUCAUACGUUUCCUGUAGGUCUUGAACAGGUUUGCACACACUGCAGCAGGGAUUUUGGCCCACUCCUCCAUACAGACCUUCUCCAGAUCCUUCAGGUUUCGGGGCUGUCGCUGGGCAAAACUGACUUUCAGCUCCCUCCAAAGAUGUUCUAUUGGGUUCAGGUCUGGAGACUGGCUAGGCCACUCCAGGACCUUGAGAUGCUUCUUACGGAGCCACUCCUUAGUUGCCCUGGCUGUGCGUUUCGGGUCGUUGUCAUGCUGGAAGACCCAGCUACGACCCAUCUUCAAUGUUCUUACUGAGGGAAGGAGGUUGUUGGCCAAGAUCUCGCGAUACAUGACCCCAUCCAUCCUCCCCUCAAUACGGUGCAGUCGUCCUGUCCCCUUUGCAGAAAAGCAUCCCCAAAGAAUGAUGUUUCCACCUCCAUGCUUCAUGGUUGGGAUGGUGUUCUUGGGGUUGUACUCAUCCUUCUUCUUCCUCCAAACACGGCGAGUGGAGUUUAGACCAAAAAGCUCUAUUUUUGUCUCAUCAGACCACAUGAACUUCUCCCAUUCCUCCUCUGGAUCAUCCAGAUGGUCAUUGGCAAACUUCAGACGGGCCUGGACAUGCGCUGGCUUGACCAGGGGAACCUUGCGUGCGCUGCAGGAUUUUAAUCCAUGACGGCGUAGUGUGUUACUAAUGGUUUUCUUUGAGACUGUGGUCCCAGCUCUCUUCAGGUCAUUGACCAGGUCCUGCCGUGUAGUUCUGGGCUGAUCCCUCACCUUCCUCAUGAUCAUUGAUGCCCCACGAGGUGAGAUCUUGCAUGGAGCCCCAGACCGAGGGUGAUUGACCGUCAUCUUGAACAUCUUCCAUUUUCUAAUAAUUGCGCCAACAGUUGUUGCCUUCUCACCAAGCUGUUUGCCUAUUGUCCUGUAGCCCAUCCCAGCCUUGUGCAGGUCUACAAUUUUAUCCCUUAUGUCCUUACACAGCUCUCUGGUCUUGGCCAUUGUGGAAAGGUUGGAGUCUGUUUGAUUGAGUGUGUGGACAGGUGUCUUUUAUACAGGUAACGAGUUCAAACAGGUGCAGUUAAUACAGGUAAUGAGUGGAGAUCAGGAGGGCUUCUUGAAGAAAAACUAACAGGUCUGUGAGAGCCGUGAAUUCUUACUGGUUGGUAGGUGAUCAAAUACUUACAGUGGGGGAAAAAACGAUUUCUGUAAGUCUUCACAAGGUUUUCACACACUGUUGCUGGUAUUUUGGCCCAUUCCUCCAUGCAGAUCUCCUCUAGAGCAGUGAUGUUUUGGGGCUGUCGCUGGGCAACACAGACUUUCAACUCCCUCCAAAGAUUUUCUAUGGGGUUGAGAUCUGGAGACUGGCUAGGCCACUCCAGGACCUUGAAAUGCUUCUUACGAAGCCACUCCUUCGUUGCCCGGGCGGUGUGUUUGGGAUCAUUGUCAUGCUGAAAGACCCAGCCCCGUUUCAUCUUCAAUGCCCUUGCUGAUGGAAGGAGGUUUUCACUCAAAAUCUCACGAUACAUGGCCCCAUUCAUUCUUUCCUUUACACGGAUCAGUCGUCCUGGUCCCUUUGCAGAAAAACAGCCCCAAAGCAUGAUGUUUCCACCCCCAUGCUUCACAGUAGGUAUGGUGUUCUUUGGAUGCAACUCAGCAUUCUUUGUCCUCCAAACACGACGAGUUGAGUUUUUACCAAAAAGUUCUAUUUUGGUUUCAUCUGACCAUAUGACACUCUCCCAAUCCUCUUCUGGAUCAUCCAAAUGCACUCUAGCAAACUUCAGACGGGCCUGGACAUGUACUGGCUUAAGCAGGGGGACACGUCUUGCACUGCAGGAUUUGAGUCCCUGGCGGCGUAGUGUGUUACUGAUGGUAGGCUUUGUUACUUUGGUCCCAGCUCUCUGCAGGUCAUUCACUAGGUCCCCCCGUGUGGUUCUGGGAUUUUUGCUCACCGUUCUUGUGAUCAUUUUGACCCCACGGGGUGAGAUCUUGCGUGGAGCCCCAGAUCGAGGGAGAUUAUCAGUGGUCUUGUAUGUCUUCCAUUUCCUAAUAAUUGCUCCCACAGUUGAUUUCUUCAAACCAAGCUGCUUACCUAUUGCAGAUUCAGUCUUCCCAGCCUGGUGCAGGUCUACAAUUUUGUUUCUGGUGUCCUUUGACAGCUCUUUGGUCUUGGCCAUAGUGGAGUUUGGAGUGUGACUGUUUGAGGUUGUGGACAGGUGUCUUUUAUACUGAUAACAAGUUCAAACAGGUGCCAUUAUUACAGGUAACGAGUGGAGGACAGAGGAGCCUCUUAAAUAAGAAGUUACAGGUCUGUGAGAGCCAGAAAUCUUGCUUGUUUGUAGGUGACCAAAUACUUAUUUUCCACCAUAAUUUGCAAAUAAAUUCAUUAAAAAUCCUACAAUGUGAUUUUCUGGAUGUUUUUUUCUCAAUUUGUCUGUCAUAGUUGACGUGUACCUAUGAUGAAAAUUACAGUCCUCUCUCAUCUUUUUAAGUGGGAGAACUUGCACAAUUGGUGGCUGACUAAAUACAUUUUUUCCCCACUGUUUGUCAUGCAAUAAAAUGCAAAUUAAUUGCUUAAAAAUCAUACAAUGUGAUUUUCUGGAUUUUUUAGAUUCCGUCUCUCACAGUUGAAGUGUACCUAUGAUAAAAAUUACAGACCUCUACAUGCUUUGUAAGUAGGAAAACCUGCAAAAUCGGCAGUGUAUCAAAUACUUGUUCUCCCCACUGUAUGUGCUUUCUUGAGCAGGGGGACCUUGCGGGCGCUGCAGGAUUUCAGUCCUUCACAGCGUAGUGGGUUACCAAUUGUUUUCUUGGUGACUAUGGUCCCAGCUGCCUUGAGAUCAUUGACAAGAUCCUCCCGUGUAGUUCUGGGCUGAUUCCUCACAGUUCUCAUGAUCAUUGCAACUCCACAAGGUGAGAUCUUGCAUGGAGCCACAGGCCGAGGGAGAUUGACAGUUCUGUUGUGUUUCUUCCAUUUGCGAAUAAUCGCACCAACUGUUGUCACCUUCUCACCAAGCUGCUUGGCGAUGGUCUUGUAACCCAUUCCAGCCUUGUGUAGGUCUACAAUCUUGUCCCUGACAUCCUUGGAGAGCUCUUUGGUCUUGGCCAUGGUGGAGUUUGGAAUCUGAUUGAUUGAUUGCUUCUGUGGACAGGUGUCUUUUAUACAGGUAACAAGCUGAGAUUAGGAGCACUCCCUUUAAGAGUGUGCUCCUAAUCUCAGCUCGUUACCUGUAUAAAAGACACCUGGGAGCCAGAAAUCUUUCUGAUUGAGAGGGGGUCAAAUACUUAUUUCCCUCAUUAAAAUGCAAAUCAAUUUAUAACAUUUUUGACAUGCGUUUUUCUGGAUUUUGUUGUUGUUAUUCUGUCUCUCACUGUUCAAAUAAACCUACCAUUAAAAUUAUAGACUGAUAAUUUCUUUGUCAGUGGGCAAAUGUACAAAAUCAGCAGGGGAUCAAAUACUUUUUUCCCUCACUGUAACACUUUGUACUUUUUUAAAGACUUUUAACAUAGCCCUGUUGUUACCUCAUAUCACAGCGAUGAUGCCUUGCAUUACGCCUGUGAAGAAAACACUUCAAUUUGCUCAACUUGCCAUUGACUCAACCAUUGGCUCAACUUACCCCAUGGCCAUUGGCUCAACUUACCCCAGGGCAAAACAUUUGACUGUAUUAGUCCACACAGCUACAAGCAUGCACUAUCAUGCUAGUUUUAGGACCUCAUAUUGAAGCUUAUAGAGACCCCAACUGAACAAUCAUAAAAGUAGCUACUUUUGUUUAGAUACGAGCAUAAUGAAAAAUCUGUUUUUUGGACCUAACCACUUUUUCCAUGUGGUUUCUUUCUCCAUAUACUCCAUAAAAUAAUGACUUCCUAAAUAUUUGGUCAAAUUAUUAAUUUUGUGUAUAAUUUCCUAGAAACAAGGGUGGCUCAAUUUACCCCUUUGGCUCAACUUACCCCACUCUCCCCUACAUAACUAUAUAAGUCUAUAUUAAGAUAAACCACUAGUUUUUAGCAGUGAAAUACUCCAACACUUCAGUGUGACAGCCCUGUUCUGUCUCUCCUGCAGGUUAUUUUUAUCCGUGAUGGGAAUCUAGGCCGAUUAGUCAUUGAUGGGCUGACAGUGCUGGAGGACAGAGCUCAGGACUCCAACGUUUCCUGGCACGUCAGCAGCCACCUCUACUUGGGAGGGGUGCCCCCAGGGAGGGCCCAGAAGAACAUACAGGUAAGAUACACCCCUUAACACCCAGGGGUAGUACCAGUCAAAAGUAGUGCACUUACUAUAAAGGGAACAGGGUGCCAUUUGUAGCCUAGUAGCCUGGCAAAUGGAGCAGAAUGUGUAAAAAAGUUUUUACAGUGGAAUUCUGGAAACACAAAGCCUGGCCAAGAAUGUUGAAGUAGGAUAAAAUAGUUAAGAUCCUGACCUCUCCAAACAGAGCAUUGCAAGAGAUGUUUGGGCGAUUUAUGGUCCUCUAGUCUUUUCUGCCAUUAUAUGUUCACACUGGGAGCCAUCCAAGUAUUUUCACUUCAGACUGCUGUCUUCAGACGAUACGGUUCCCACAGAGAACAGAAAACCACCAACGUGACCCCUCUAUGCAAGACCGCAUUUGUUAGUGGAACAUAUUUUCCACAGACUACCACUCUACUCUACUACCAUGGUAGUACCACUCUACUACCACUCAUUUACGCUUCCCUGUGCUGUAUUUGUCUCCUAUAGAGAAACUCUGCGUACAGCUUCACUGGCUGUGUGAAGAACCUCCAGCUGAACGGCCAAUGGCUGUCCUCCGUGUCCCAGACCUUCGGGGUGACGCCGUGCUUCGAGGGACUCUCCGAGCCGGGGAUAUACUUCUCCGAAGAGGGGGGAUAUGUCGCCUUGGGUAAUACACCAACACAUAUGAUUCUCCUCAAGGCCCUUCUGGCUUCAUACUGUGGUUGAACCAUUAAAGAUUAAUUAGAAGUAUGAUACCAAAGGAAAAGCUUGUGAAACAUUGAUUUGCUGCAAUCUUCAGGACAUUGUAUCGUUGUACACUGUUCAUUUUGGCAGGGCCUGGAACUGUUUGGAAACAAUGAGUCAAUUAUAUCACACGCCAUGUUAUAUUUCCUCUGGAAAGAAGACAAAACCCUUGGGCCGCUCACCAAUCACCACACAGACAGGGAAGCAGAGAAGCUGUAGUCAGGAUAGGGGAAUACGAUAUCCCCAGUGCAGCUGUGGUGAAAAUUUGGCCUGGUGGAAAAGUCGAGGGCACGGAGGAGAGUUGCAGACCCAAAGGUCUUGGGAGCCGAGCUGCAGCUGUUUGAAUGAGCGCAGAGCAAUUUCACACCCUACUGUGGCUGGCUAAGUUUCACACGUGUACAUACCUCAUUUGGCCGAAGGGCAGUGAAAUAUUCCAGGUUACAGACGUUAAAGGGGAGGGGGGUUGUAGAGCAGACUUUGCUAGAACUUCUCUUUCCGUCCGUCUCACUCAGAUGACACGUUCAACCUGGGGCUGAAGUUUGAGCUGGUGGUAGAGGUGCGCCCCCGUGUGGCGUCAGGGGUGCUACUGCACGUGUACACAGCAGCCGAGGAGUACCUCACCAUGUAUAUCCAUCAAAAAGCGGUAAGCCACUAACACAAAGUAAUCUGUAUUAAUUUGCUGAUUUUCUAUUAGUAGAUCUUGGACUUGUCAUCAAUGUAAGUGUUGUUCUAUGCUCACAGGUGGUGGUGCAGGUGAACAAUGGAGUUCGUGAGUUCUUCACUCAGGUCACUCCUAGACUAGGCCUGUGUGAUGGGAGCUGGCACAGGGUCACAGGUAAGAGUAUUCCCUUCAGUGCACUGACUGCCCUGAUUUAAACAGGAUGGGACCAUGAUUUAUUUACACUGAUUGGCCCAUGUUAUAUAGGUUUGUGACGAUACCAGUAUUGCAAUGUUUUUUCCAUGGCAAAAAAGAAAAGAUUAAGCAGGUUUUAUUAUUUGGUUCCUUUAAAAAUCUGCUGUAAGUAAAAUAUUGUGUGAUAUAGCUUGGAAAAUAAACAAAUAUGACUGAUGACAACAUAAUGAUGUUUGUUUCCAACAUUAGAGCUGUUUUCCUAAAGAAGUUAAAUCCGCUUCAUGUUUUGUUUUCCUGCCACGAUACUAACGAGUAUCGCGAUACUGGUAUCAUCCGGCCCUAAUGUUAUGCGCAGUGACUGAUAACAAUGUGUUCCUUCCUGCCUCCUCUGGUUCACAGUGAUCCGAGAUGCCAAUGUUGUCCAGCUGGAUGUGGACUCAGAGGUCAAUCAUGUGGUGGGACCACUCAACCCCAGCGCCCAGAGUGCCAGGACCCCUGUGUUCAUUGGUGGAGCACCAGGUCAGUGGCAAGGCCAUACUCAACUCUCAUACUAGUUGUUAAACACUGCCUAAUCCCUGAGAUCCCAUCUACAAAUCACAUCCAAACUGUAACAACUUUGUAUAGGUUGCUGAAAAAAAUUACAAAUACAAAAGUACCUAUACUAUACAAAAAAAUCAUAUGAACUACAUUACAGCUAUAGGUAGUUUCACCCAAUUCCUUUUAAUGCGGUGUCUUUGAACAGAUACAGAGGCUGUUAGCAGUAACGAGUGUGUAUAUAAUGUUGUUUAUUAUCUAUCGUCCUAGAAUCUCUUCUUCCAGAGGGCGUUGCGACUAGGAGGGCCUACACAGGCUGUAUGAGGAACCUGACUGUGAACGAGAGCCAAGUGAGCUUCAGCAAAGCUGCCCUGGUCAUCGGGGCCGUCAGUGUGGGCUCCUGUCCAGCUGCCUAAAGGGCCUGUCAUAACCAAUACAGUCCAGCUCUCCAGCAACAAGACUGAACAAAUUCUGCUUCAUAAGUAGUUUCCACACUGUCAAUAAAGUGUUUUAUUAAAUUGUCUAUCCUUGUCCACCAACGCAAGGUUUGUUGUUCUUUAGUCAAGAGAAUGACCCAGAAAUGUAAACCACCCUCCCAUAUGAAUUAGUCUAGUUUCACAUGAGAAAAAAAAAACUGUUUUCCAAAGGUUCCCAGUGAUUUUGUUUCUUUCAAGGACUGCAACAUGUUGUGAUUAAGGACCACUGCAUUUCCAGUGCUCAUAUUAUAGCCAACUGAAGAAGGCUUGUAAAUGUAUCUUCAUUCUCUUAA